AGUGACUGCUGGCCGUGUUGGAUCCACAUGGUCGGUCUUUUGGCUUGCUAAAGAUCACAUCUGUGUAGAACUACAGUGUUGGACAUAACGAAUGUAAAGUGGAAUACCUGUGUCCAAACUCUGCGCUACUCUUCGUAAACUGCACUUUAACAAACAGACAUGGGAAAAGCUAAAAACAACAAAUUCAAACGGCAGCGGUUCUCUGGAGACGGACUCCCCGCAAAGGAAGUUUUGGAGAACGAGGAUGAAGUUGAAGACUCUCCCGGAGCUGAUUUCUUGGAAAAGCUGCAGAGUCCGUGUGCGGAUGUGCGCGAGUGUGCGUGUGCGAGCAUCUCCCGCAUGCUGCAGCACAGCCAGACUGUCCCCAGUGUGCUGCAGAGAGACGCGGUGAGGAGACUGGGGCCGCUACUGCUGGACCAGAGCAUAGCCGUCAGAGAGACAGCCGCCGGAGCACUCAGGAACCUGAGUGCGUGUGGGGGUCCAGAGGUGUGUGAGGACAUGGUGAGACAGGACAUUCUGACGCCCCUCACCAAACUGCUCAGAGAGUGCUGCUCUGGUUUUGAGAACUGCUCUCCAAAGAGUACCCAGAACACGGUGGAGGACGUGGCCAACGAGGCAAUUAACCUGCUCUGGAACCUCUGUGAGAACAGCAGUGGUGCUGUGGCCGUGUUCAACAAGGCCGGUCUACUGGACGUGCUGGUGAUGUGUCUGGAGAGACACGAGCAGAAAGUGGAGCUGGCGCUCUCUGCUGCCCACUGCCUGCACACGGUGACGGAGGAGAAUGGGGAGCUGCUGAGGAGUGUGAGUGUGUCGGUGCUCUCGGCUCUGGAGGCCACGCUGCUGUCCACACACACAGACCUGCAACACACACUGCUCAGGACACUCGUCGCCGGCUCCCUGUGGAAUGUGAAGGCCAGUAUCCCGGUGGGUCGCCAGGCCCAGACGCUCAGCGCUCUGGUGGACACACUCUCUGCCAGCCUGGCCCUGGACGCUGGAGCUCUGAUCCAACAGCUACAGACCACUGAGUCCCAGCGCCUGGCCUCUGAGACAACUGCUGCCGAGGGCAACGGAGCACAGGGUUCCGACGGCAUGGAGCAGCAUCAUCCCCAUCACCAUGGUAACGGAGGAGAGGAGCGCAUGGAGGAGGAGAUGGAGGAGGAGGAGCAGGAGAGGGGGAUGAACGGAAGACAGCGGGAUCGGGGGAAAGAUAAAGACUUCUCGGACCUGCUGCCGAAGGGGAAGCAGGAGCUGAGAGAGGCUGGUGCUCUCCUAUUGGCUCAACAGACGUCACUCGAGGUCAUCGUCAACAUGUGCUGCUCAGAAGAUCCAUCUGAUGAUGAGUGGGAGGAGGCGUCGAGUAGUGAUGAGAGCGAGUGUGUUGACGGUGUGUGUGAGGGGGGCAGUCUCCAGUCUCCUCUUUGCCUCUCAGCAGAAGUACACACAGCCCUCAUUCACCACAGCAUACCGCAGAAGGUCCUGAAGAAGGCUGAGUUCCCCAGUCCUGCUGCAGUAGACGCCUGCGCUCGAAACCCGGCAUGGAAGGCCCUCAUCAAGAAAAUGCACCGCGUGCAGUGCCGCGCCCUGACGUGUCUCCACAACAUGCUGGCCUCCAUGGAUGCAGAGGCUCUGGGCGGGGCGGCCGGACUACAGACCGUAGCAACACACCUGCAGAGCCUAGUGUUCAGCAAUGCAGAUGUACUGAAGGAGGAGGAGUUUCUGGAGGCGGUGACCAGUGCCCUACGCUCCCUACUCCAGAUCAUGGCCUCCAAGAACAUACCACAGUGCAUGAGUCCGGAGCAGCUGAUGAGUGUGUGUGAGGCGGCCACGCGGUGUGACGUGAUGAGUGUGAGGGUCAACGCCCUCGCCAUCCUGGGCAUCACGGGCAGCACACUCGCUAAGCAGACUGGCACCGCCAACACACUACAGAUGAUCGGUGGUGCUCUCCUCUCGGUGGCCUCUAAGGACUCCAACCUGGUGGUGUGUGGAGAGGCCCUGGACGCCAUUUUUGACGUCUUCGCGGACGGAAGCGAAGCGGAGAACGCAGCACGCAACAUCCGCCUACUGGAGGCACUCAAGGCCCUGCAGCCGGUCUUCAAGGCCAAGUUGCGUAAGGAAGGCAAAGGGAACUACAGUCCAGAGCAGCUGUGUGUGUUGGACAACAUCAAGGUGAACCUGCGCAGAUUCAUCGGAUACCUGCAGACCCUCAAGAACUGAGACACGUGUGCGCACACACACACACACACACACACACACACACACACACACACACACACACACACACACACACACACACACACACACACACACACACACACACAAUAGACCACACAGACAUACACACAUCGGGGUGUGUCACACCAGCUUUAGCCAUUUCGACACACACACACACACACACACACACACACACACACACACACACACACACACACACACACACACACACACACACACACACACACACACACACACACACACACCUGAGGUGAUUUGCUUUGGGUUUCCAUAACCACCAGUGUUUGUUUGAUGGAGAAAACUAACUAAUGUUUGCUGUUUUAUAUGAAUUUGUUUUAUUGUGUAUUAUAAGGAAAACUGUGGGUGAAUGUGAAUGUAAAUGUGUGUGUGGAUCUAUUCUAAAAUGUAUCAUGAUGAUCUGUGGGUUUGAAUCGACCAGCUGAAGGUGUUGGUGGAAACCAGACAAGUAACCCAGGCGAGUCAGAAUCAUGAUGGAAAUGUCAUAAACAUGUUAUGGUCAUGAAAAGAUGACGUUGUUUGGGCUGUCUCAACAUGGUAUCAUACGAGUAAGUAAGAUAACGCGCCGAUUUGAACCGUCUAUCACGUCUUUGCAUGUUGACUCUACAACGCCCGGUGACAUGUGAGGUUCAGGGAUGGUUUUGAUCUGGGCACAAUUUUGCAUCAAUCUCACAAUUUCUCUCUCUUCCUUUGCUGUUCUCUGCAAAAGUUAAAGCAGUAGAAACUCUGCCUUAUUGACAGGUUGGGGUUAGGCGUGAUUUUCGUCAGGGCACAGCAGAGCAUUGUCGCGUUUAACAACAUAAAAUCGCUGCGGCAUAGAAAUUUGCUGACAGGGCGAGGAAACUGUGCAAAUCUGGUCGUUGAGGACCAUGACUUUACUUAGAAAGGUGCCACGGAAUGAACUGGCGUGAAAUAAAUACGCCUUUAUAUGAUGCCAGUCUGGCCUUCUUUACCAUAACCAAAUGUCACUUGAUGAAAGUCAUAAAAUGUUUGACACAUGCAUGUCUGCGUUAUGACACUGUUAUGUCAUACUUAUGACAAGUGUUAGACAAGUGAUGUUAUUCCACACUGCAGCCACAUCCAGACGUGGUGAAAUGAGAUGUGGCAAAGAGCUGACAUUAAAAAAAGAUGGUAAUUGUAA